AUGGCUAACUUUAGUUCGCGCGCAAGCGCUAUUUGGUUCGGACAUGUUUGUGUGCGCGCGGGCUCUGAAAGACCCCACGCGACGAACCGCCAGCAAAGGCGCAUAUUGAGCUGGCUAGAAGAAGAUGUCGAUGACAUCCUCGGUGGUGAUGAUGAAGAAAAUGAAACCGAAAUGUUUCCUGAUAAAAUGAGUGAGCAUGAUACUGACUCGGAACAAGAAUGUAACGAUGAUUUGCUUUAG